AUGACCGGCCGCAAGGAGUGGUUCACGGCGACCCGUGACCCAUCUGCAACGAAAUCCGUCAAAGGGUUUGAUGGUUCUAUGCAGGAAGUCGCCGGUGUUGGUGAGGUUUUGCUGGAGGGCACUAACGGCUUGCGUGUGACCCUGCAUGAUGUCCUCUUUGUGCCAGGAAUGAAGGCCAACUUGGUCUCCCCUGGGCAGCUCACGGACAAAGGAGCAAAUCUGCAAACCGAAGAAGGUGUCACCCGCAUCAUCGCAUCAGGAGGACAAGUGGCUGCAAUGGCACGCUACCGCCAUCGUCUUCUCUGCCUUGACCUGAAACCGUGGCCAGCAAGCAACGGCACAAUGGCAGAAGCAGCAUGCAACGGCACGGUGGCUGCAUCCGCUUGCACCAAUACGACGGUUGGAGCAGCAUGCAACGGCACGGUGGCUGCAGCGGCAUGCAACGGCACAGCGGCUGGAGCGGCAUGCAACGGCACGGUGGCUGCAAUGACAUGCAAUGGCAUGACUAAGGCGGUUGCUGACGGAGCAGCCAGCCUCAAGACGUACGCGGUGGGCUCCAAGGCAACGCCCAACCUGUGGCACGCUCGACUUGGACACGUCCACUUUGAUGCGGUGAAGCGGACAGCCACGAGCGGUGGCAUGUUAGGCAUGGACCUGGAGAAAGGAGGUGAGGAUAUGCCGUGCACCUCUUGCAAUGAAGCCAAACUCACUCACGAAUCAUUUCCGCUGCACGACGAGUGCGAGGAGCAGCAGAAUCCGCCGCCACCACGUACCGUCAUCGUGGUCCCGGUACCGUCCGUGCAAGGGGGCGAGCAACCCCUUGAUCCCUCGGUGGGCCCUUUGGGCAGCAAGGCACCUACUGCACCUCCUCCUCUCGAUCCACCCUCCGUUGCUGACUCGGCGCCCGUGGGACCAGAUGAUGGUCCUCUGGAGGUUGGCACCAGCAUGACUGAUCACGAGGAAGAAGAAGAAGUAGCUGUGGAUGAGCAGUUACCAAUGGCCCAUGAGCAUGAGCCUUCACCUUCAGUUCCCCCCAUCCAGCCCAUUCCACCACCCCCACGUCGCUCCAGCAGGCCUAACAAGGGGGUGCCACCCGUACGGUUUCAGCCAUCAGCCAUGACGGCCCAGGAUGCGGACGAUGAGGACAACCCGUACGACGUGGCGUGCCUUGCUGAGGACGAUUGCGACAUGGACAGUGAUGACGAAGUGGAGUACCCGGACAAGGAUGAGGAGGAGGCGCAAGGGGAGGUGUCAUCCUCGACCUGGCAGCUGCGUUGA